AUGGUGGCAACGGUACCCACUACGCAAACAGCGGCCUGGAUCCAAGACCCUGGCCCAACCUGUGUUCUCCAGAUCCGAAAUGAUAUCCCGGUGAAGAAGCCUGCUGCAGGCGAGGUCCUCGUUAAGAUGGAAUGCUCGGGCAUCUGCCACUCCGAUUGCCACAACGUCCUCAUGCCGGGAAGAUACACCGAAGUCCCAGGUCAUGAAGGUGUCGGUAUUGUCGUGUCUCUCGGCGAUGGCGUCUCCGAAGAAUUGCUGGGCAAGAGAGUUGGACUGAGGUGGUUAUGGGACGCAUGCAAGGAAUGUAGUAGCUGUAAGAGCGGGAGGGAGAACCACUGCGGCAAGCAGAGGAACACGGGAAGAAAUGUAUGGGGAACUUUGCAACAGUAUGUCAUUGGGAGUGCCGACUUUGUCACGAGAAUACCAGAUGGCGUCAAGAGCGAGAUCGCGGCACCAUUGUUGUGUGCGGGAUUGAGUCUUGCAGGCGCUGUGUCCAAGCUCGCACCAGAAGUGCAGCCAGGCGAUUACGUGGCUAUUGUUGGCGCUGGUGGUGGUCUUGGACACAUUGGUGUCCAAAUAGCCAGCAUCAAAGGCUAUAAAGUCAUUGCGAUCGACAGCGGUCCAGAGAAGGAGAAAUUAAGCAAAGAGAUGGGUGCUGUGGCUUUCGUUGAUUAUGCCAAACAAGACGUAAUACAGGCAGUCAAGGAAUUGACUGAUGGAGAAGGCGCACAUGGUGUCAUCUGCGUCGCAGGCACCGAAAAGGCCUAUACUCAAGCCCCAGAACUGAUCAGGAAUAGUGGUGUAUUUGUCUGUGUGGGCUUGCCACCACAUGAUUUCAUGUUUCCUGUCAGUCCGAUACAUAUCGCCAACAGAGGAUUGGUCAUUAGAGGUUCAUCAACGGGUAGUGCUAAGCAGAUGGACGAGCUGCUUCAACACGUCCUUGAGGGGAAAAUCACCCCGAAGGUUGAAGUGUAUGACUUCACCGACUCGCCUAAGAUCCUGGAGGAGCUGAAGCGAUACGAAGUCACGGGUAGGAAGGUAGUACGUGUGCCUUGAUUUGGAAUGAAAUUUGAGCAUGCGUGUAGCGGGGCAGGAAAACGAGCAAAAGUCAUGUAUUUAUGUAUGUACAAAUUGUAUACAAAAGAAGGAUUUCAAUCAGGUAAUAAUAUACGUCCGACGAUACCUUCCAAGCAGCAACAUUUAAGUUAAUUGCACACUGAACUUAGUACCAGUUCCCACCCUCUUCGUUGGCCGUGACACUCUCUGGAUUCAUACUCACGAUGCGCUGACCGGGGAUUGUAUCAGUGAAGGCACUCUCAAACACACCGCUCACAGCCCUCCUCCCAAUCUCGGCAAAACUAUCAAAUUCAUCGUUAUCCCCUGUGAUAGCACUCCACUGCGCGUCGUCCGGGCUACGUGCAGGGCCCAGGUCGCUCCAGCGCGUCACAAUGAGAGCUUGCUUGAAGCGUUCAGGAACAUGGCUGCGAACAGACCUGUCUUCGACGAGUUUCAGCUCGAACAGGUAUUCGGUGGGGCACUUGGGACAGCGGCGC